AUGGCCCCGACCGCCGCCUGCGUUCUCCUGCUCACCUUGACAUUCCUUGGGGUGUCCGGCCAGGGUCAGAUCCCUCUAGGCUCAGACUUGGCCCCGCAAAUGCUGCGCGAGUUGCAGGAGACCAACGCGGCGCUCCAGGAUGUACGAGAGCUGCUGAGGCAGCAGGUCAAGGAGAUCACGUUCCUGAAAAACACAGUGAUGGAGUGUGACGCGUGUGGGAUGCAGCCGGCGCAUACCCCCGGCCUGAGCGUGCGGCCCCUGCUGCACUGCGCGCCGGGAUUCUGCUUUCCCGGAGUGGCCUGCACGCAGACGUCCAGUGGCGCGCGCUGUGGCCCCUGCCCUGAGGGCUUCACGGGCAACGGCUCGUACUGCACCGACGUCAACGAGUGCAACGCUCACCCCUGCUUCCCCCGUGUCCGCUGCAUCAACACCAGCCCCGGCUUCCGCUGUGAGGCUUGCCCGCCCGGGUACAGCGGCCCCACCCAUCAGGGCGUGGGGCUGGCCUUCGCCAAGGCCAACAAGCAGAUUUGCACGGACAUUAACGAGUGUGAGACCAGCCAACAUAAUUGCGUCCCCAACUCCGUGUGCAUCAACACCCGGGGCUCGUUCCAGUGCGGCCCGUGCCAGCCCGGCUUCGUGGGCGACCAGGCAUCUGGCUGCCGCCGGCGCGAACAGCGCCUCUGCCCGGACGGCUCGCCCAGUCAGUGCCAUGAGAAGGCCGACUGUGUCCUGGAGCGCGACGGCUCGCGGUCCUGCGUGUGCGCGGUCGGCUGGGCGGGCAACGGGAUCCUCUGUGGACGCGACACCGAUCUGGACGGCUUCCCAGACGAGAAGCUGCGGUGCCCGGAACGGCAGUGUCGCAAGGACAACUGCAGGACGGUCCCCAACUCAGGACAGGAGGAUGUGGACCGCGAUGGCAUUGGAGACGCCUGUGACCCAGAUGCCGACGGGGACGGGGUCCCCAAUGAGGGGGACAACUGCCCUCUGGUGAGGAACCCAGACCAGCGCAACACAGACGGCGACAAGUGGGGAGAUGCAUGCGACAACUGCGCAUCUCAGAAAAAUGAUGACCAGAAAGACACAGACCAGGACGGCAGGGGUGACGCCUGCGAUGAUGACAUCGAUGGCGAUCGGAUCCGAAACCCAGUGGACAACUGUCCCAGGACACCCAACUCAGACCAGAAGGACAGUGAUGGUGAUAGUAUAGGGGAUGCUUGUGACAACUGUCCCCAGAAGAGCAACCAGGAUCAGAGUGAUGUGGACCACGACUUUGUGGGAGAUGCUUGUGACAGUGAUCAAGACCAGGAUGGGGAUGGGCACCAGGACUCUAUGGACAACUGCCCCACGGUGCCAAACAGUGCUCAGCAAGACUCAGACCACGACGGCCAGGGUGACGCCUGUGACGAAGACGACGACAAUGACGGAGUGCCCGACAGUCGGGAUAACUGCCGCCUGGUGUCCAAUCCUGGCCAGGAGGACGCCGACAGGAACGGCGUGGGAGACGUGUGCCAGGGCGACUUCGAUGCAGACAAGGUGGUAGACAAGAUAGACGUGUGUCCGGAGAAUGCCGAGGUCACCCUUACUGACUUCCGGGCUUUCCAGACGGUCGUCCUGGACCCGGAGGGUGAUGCACAGAUUGACCCAAACUGGGUGGUUCUCAACCAGGGGAUGGAGAUCGUGCAGACGAUGAACAGUGACCCGGGCCUGGCUGUCGGUUACACCGCCUUCAACGGUGUGGACUUUGAGGGCACCUUCCAUGUGAACACGGCAACAGAUGACGACUAUGCAGGCUUCAUCUUUGGCUACCAGGACAGCUCCAGCUUCUAUGUGGUCAUGUGGAAGCAGAUGGAGCAAACAUACUGGCAGGCAAACCCCUUCCGUGCUGUGGCUGAACCAGGCAUCCAGCUCAAGGCAGUGAAAUCCUCCACAGGCCCUGGGGAGCAGCUGCGGAAUGCUCUAUGGCACACUGGGGACACAGCAUCUCAGGUGCGGCUGCUGUGGAAGGACCCCCGCAACGUGGGCUGGAAGGACAAGACAUCCUACCGCUGGUUCCUGCAGCACCGGCCCCAAGUGGGCUACAUCAGGGUGCGAUUCUAUGAGGGCCCUGAGCUGGUGGCUGACAGCAACGUUAUCUUGGACACGACCAUGCGGGGUGGCCGUCUGGGGGUCUUCUGCUUCUCCCAAGAGAAUAUCAUCUGGGCAAACCUGCGGUACCGCUGCAAUGAUACCAUUCCGGAGGACUACGAGACUCACCAGCUGCGGCGGGCCUAG